CGACAGAGUAACGCUACACUAAUAUCAUGUUUCCGUAAAUCAUUCUGGAAUCAUAUGGAUAUGAUACUAUUUAAAAUGAAAAUGCUGAUCUUUUGCUAAAUAAAUUAACACUCAUUUCCAUAAAGCAGGGAGCAACAUGUUUUUUUGACUAAUAUAUACUGGCAAUGUGAUGCUUUGACAUACAUUGUCUGUACAAACCCUCCACACUAAAUGACGCUUAAGUUCAGCGGAACGUACAACGUAGAGGCUGCAGAGCAAGUGGAUCGCUCAUCAUACCAAAAUACUAUUACGUGUAAUGUAUGGCUUCUUGACUCUACUGCCGUCGCGUUCCGAGUAGAUAGAGGCUGCAGCGGUCAGGCGCUACUUGAUCUGACAUUUGACUUUCUGGAGCUUCUGGAAAGAGACUUUUUCGGGCUUGCAUACACAUUCAGCCAAACAACAGAGGGUAACCUUAUAAAAUGGUUGGAUCCGACCAGAAAAAUCAGAAAGCAGUGUAAAGGUGAAGCAAUUUUUACAUUUUGGUUCCGUGUCAAAUUCUACGUUCCUGACCCAGUAUGGCUUCAGGAAGAGUAUACAAGAUAUCAGUUCUUCUUACAAAUACGUAAAGAUAUUUUAGACGGCCGUCUUCCUGUUCCCAAAUCAAUUGCAACUCAGUUAGCUGGAUUAGCCUUACAAUCUGAAUUAGGUGACUACACUCCUGAGGAAUGCCGUCCAGGCUAUGUGAAUCAAUUUCGAUUUGUACAGAACCAAAAUUCUGAUUUUGAAGCACAAGCAUCUGAAUGGCAUCGUAAAUCAAGCACACUUUUACCAGCAGCUGCUGAAUUAGAAUAUCUUAAUGUAGUUCGUUAUUUGGAUCAUUAUGGAGUUAAAAGUCAUGUGGUUAAAGAUGAACAACAUGACCUUCAAGCAAUCACCAUUGGAGUAUCUUUUAUUGGAAUAAGUUUAUUUCGAGAUAAUAAAAUGCUACAACAAUAUUCUUGGGACAAUAUUUCGAAAAUCAAUUUCAAGGGAAAACGAUUCACAAUACAUUUUAAAACGAGUCUAAAAUCCAUGAAUGGUCAUGUAACAUCAAUUAGCGGAUUAACUAGUUCAACCAUUAAUUUAGAAAGUGAAUUAAAGCAACAUUAUCGUUUCCCUUCAGCUGUAAGUACUAAGUUAUUUUGGCAGUAUGCAGUUAGCUGUCAUGCAUUUUUUCGUGUCCGUGAACCAAAUUCUACAACUCAACGUAAAUUUACCGCCGGUUUAAACCAACAAACAUCAUCAACCGUAUCAGCAACAGCGCUUUAUGCAGCUAUGUCAAGGAUCGCCAGCGGUUUCCAGCGUUAUUUCUCAAUAACCAGAAGGAGCAGUCUUUCAACUGCUACCCCAAACGGUCCAGUUGGUGGAGUUGGUCGUACUCUGUCUACUUUAAUGGAGCUAAGACGUAGUUCACGGGCAUUUGAUCGUAGUUUUUCAAGAACCUACAGUAGGCGAAGUAAUCCUCUACCUCAGGUCAAUACAACUCAACUCACAUCUCCUUUAUCAAAACCAGAUAGUUCAACUACUUUGGCGUCUGCAAGUCCUAUGGAAUCAAUCAAUACAAUUGGAAAUCAAUCAAAAUCUUAUGCUCAAAUCCCUCCUGGUGCAAAAAUUUCUGGUUCAGUUACUAGUGGAAUAUUAAGUGACACUAAAAUAACACGUUCAAGCUAUCGUGGCAGUACUAAUCAAAGCCGUGAAUCAAAUAACAUUCUCUCACCGCAUACUUCAAUCAAUAGCAGUGGAAAAGCAAAGAAGUUAACAACCGAUAUAGAAAACUCUACCGCUAAUAAUCGUUUAUCUAGUCAAACCAAACAGAGUUGUAAUGAGAUAUCUCAAAGAAAUCUAACUAAUAUUACAUCUAAUCAUUCUGAUAAAUCUAUUCGACCUAAAUCAUUUAAAAUAGGUAGCCCAGUAAGUGGUGUUACUGUAGGAGCUACACGAAUCAGUCAACGACGUCAACACCAUCAACAGCAGCAAUCGGCUGGCCCUCCUCAAAGUCAACACCAAGAAACGAAUUCUGCUAGUCAUCAACAACACCAACACCAUUCUUCUAUUGUUAAUGACUCUAAAAAUUUACCUAAAAAAAGUCAGAAACUACCAAUGAGUGAAAAUAUCGAAUAUAAUCAAACAAACAUUGUAGAUGCCAAAAGUACUAAUAAUUAUGUAAAUAAUCAAGAAUUUAAUAAAGACGAAGCCACUGCUUAUUGGGACACACGCCGACUACAACGAUUUCAAGUACAUAAUAAUAGUAAUAAUCAUAAUUCUCUCAUUAAUACAACUACAGCUUCAGUGAUACCAGUGACAGUAACAGUUUCCACAUCCACACCAACAACAACGUUGAGUAAUCCUUCAAAUCAUUCAAAAACUCAUUCCAACUCUAAUAUAAAUAAACAUGACGAUUCUGAUGAGAAUGAUUAUGUUAAUUAUAACCGUACAAUUAGGCGUAUUCGCCAUACUCCAACCGAUCAAUCUCUUGCUAUUACUAAUGACUCGAAUGUUACUGACGAUGUUCAAUGUUUCAAAUCUUCACGUGUAUCUUUAAAUAAUGCUGUAAAUCGUUCAAACAAUUCAUCUCGUAAUCAGUUGAAUCAUUCAAUCAAAGGUCAUGAUCAAUCUACUAAUCAUAAAAAAGAGCAUCCAGAUGCUACAAACAAUAAUGAGAGUGAAAUCGACAAUUUCCAGCAUACACGUAACAAAGGUUUAAAUAAAGAUCCUUUUCAUCCCGGUGCCCCAGAUGUUGAAAAUUCACUUCACCAACCAGAUGAUAUUAAUGAAUUAAAUUCCGAAGGACUAGUCCGUAUUUCCAUCAGACCUGACAGUCAUGGAAGAUUUGGAUUCAACGUGAAAGGUGGAAUCGAUCAUGGAAUGCCAAUUAUUGUUAGUCGUGUUGGUGCUAAUAUGCCUGCUGAUUUAUGUAUUCCUAGACUUUCAGAAGGUGAUCAAAUUCUAUUUAUCAAUAACAAAGAUGUUACAAACCAGACUCAUUUGCAGGUUGUAAAAAUGAUACGUGCUGCAAGUGAACAACCUUAUGGUACACUAGAACUUUUAGUUAAACCAAGUGAUUAUGUUACUGAUGAUGUAAAUGAUGACAAUCCUAUCCCAGAUUCUGGUGAUGCUCCACCAGUUCCACCGAGAUCUUAUCACUCCUCAUCGAUUCGUCGACCAUCAAUUUCUUUAGAGAAAUUUGCAAGAAAUUCAAAACGUUUAACACGUUUCUCACUUAAAUCCUCAUCAACAUCACAUAAUCCAAUGGAUCGAGAUCAUCCUAAUGGUGUAUUACAUAGAUAUUCUUUUUCUGGUUCAACAUUACUGGAUUCAAUGAUAGAGCUAGAGAAUCGUUUAGCUGAUGGAUCAUUGUUAAAUCAAUUCGAACAUUUACCUAGAAGAAAAUCUGGUCUCACAAUGAAUGUGUCUCGUUUAAGCGAGAAUUCAAUCAAAAAUCGUUAUCGUGAUAUUUCACCAUAUGAUCAAACUCGUGUCAUAUUAAAACAAGGAUCUGGAGAUUAUAUCAAUGCUAGUUUUGUAAAUAUGGAAUUUCCCAAAUGUGGAGUAGAUCUUCGUUAUAUCGCAGCUCAAGGCCCGUUACCGAAUACUUAUGGUGACUUUUGGCAAAUGUGCUGGGAACAACAAGUUUGUCUGAUCGUUAUGCUGACAGCUAUAAGCGAACGCGGUCGAGCAAAAUGUCAUCAAUACUGGCCAGAUCUCAAUCAUACAGUAAACUUUUCUGUUUCUUCCAGUCCUAGGAUUUCACAGUCACGUAGUUCGACAGAUCUACAGUUGAAAACUGUACGAGAGGAGAUUACUACUGAUAUUGCCUAUCGAGAAUUCGAUAUCACUCAAAUUCCUUCACAUCGUGCCUCUUUACAAUCAGUGUUAAGAAAACAGAUGGAAACACGUCGUAUUUCACAACUUCAAUAUAUCAGUUGGCCAGAUCAUGGUGUACCAAAUGAUACUGAUCAACUUAUAUCAUUUGUAGAACAAGUUCAACGAAUUCGUGGCAAAACUCUAACACCAAUAGUUGUACAUUGUUCUGCUGGUAUCGGUCGAACUGGUGUAUUAAUUGCUAUUGAAACAUCAAUUAAUUUAAUGGGAUGUAAUUAUCCAAUUAAACCUAUAGAAUUAGUUCAACGAAUGCGUGAACAUAGAGCAAUGCUUAUUCAAACUACUGGUCAAUUUCAAUUUGUAUGUGAAACUAUUCUCAAGGUCUUUCAUCGCAAUCAUGCUGAAAAUUUGCUCAAGGAUUCCACUGCUAUGACAAGUCAAUCUUGA